AGCUUCAAACAACAGGAAUUUCAGAUGUUUGCCAGCUGUACGGUCAGGGAGACUGGGCCGUUGUAAGCCAAGUGCUACAAUAUCUUCAUGAACUGCACCUCUGUCCUGGCGGCCCAUGCAAGUAUGCAGAUGUGUACCUCGGGAUGCGAGCUACAAGGACGCGAGCAAUACCUAGAGGUAUAACCGGUGCUCCUUAACUCAGCAAAAGAAAACACCCUGCACAUAUUGCAGUAGGUUGGAGAACACGCUACACAUUCACAAGGCAAUUAAAAAAAAAGAUGCAUCAGGAAGCGUAGAGUUAGGAUGCUGUUCAGUCCUGCGAGUAGAAAGGCGGUUGAAACAUUAAGAGAGCGGCGUCAUUCUUCCUGCAAGAUGAAGGCACGCCUCCUCAAAACUAAAAAGAAGCUUCUCUCGGACUUAUCCUCAUGUCCAGACAAGUUGUCGGAGGUUAAUGAGGACGUAAUGCUUAAAGCUUGUGAGAAAGAAAACUUGUCGGAAGUGCAGCAAAUGCUAGUUCGAGAACGCUUGUUAGCAGCACGACCGAAAUUGAAGAAAGGGAGAAAGGUACACUGACAAUUGGCUCUUGCCAAUGAAGUGUUUGCUUCUCUGAAGUGUUUGCUUCUCCACAUUCGGACACCAUGUGGGUGCAGGUUCCUGAGAGAGAGUGACAUGCUUCCUCUCCCAUCCGUCAAGACCAUUUGCCGAUACAUAUCUUUGGUUGGCAUGAACUGCGGUUUCGAUAAGGAGUUUCUUGCAGCUUUGAAGGAAAAGUUAAAUGAAAAAUUCACUUUUUGCAAGCACGGAAUGCUGUUACUCGACAAGAUGAAAGUCCGGCAGUGCAAGCGUGUGAACUCCCCGACAUUAAGCUAUGAUGGCUUAGUUGAUGACGGAACUCACAAGAAACUCAGUUCCGAUUUGGCAGCGAUCAUGCACUGGUCAUGUUUUGCCCUUUCACGGAGAACUAUGCGCAGUCUGCUGCAGUAUUUGCUUCUAAGAAUUCCACCCGAGGCCCGAUGUUAUGUCAACUCCUUUUGUAGGCUUUGUGCUGAUUGAAAAUGCCGAAGCUAUUGUUGGCGGCGUAGUGUGCGACGGAGCCAGUAGGAAUCGCACCAUGUGGAGGCUCCUAGGCGUUAGUGGUGACAUGAACAGCAGCAAGAACUUCUUUGAGCCCCCAGCCGAUGCGGAGAGGAAGGUGUACAUGUUUUCAGAUGUGCCCCAUCUGUUAAAAUGUAUCGGGAAAGGGCGCCUCAGUCAGAAAUGUCUAAAAGUGAAUGGGAAGGAAGUUAAACGGGCAGACUAUGUUUCACUGUUCAAAGAAGAUGAAUUAAAUCUGGGAGAUCUCAAAGUCUGCCCCCGGAUAACCCUCCACCACCCUUCCAAGAUGGACAAGAUGCGGGUGAAGUUUGCCACGCAAAUUUUUAGUGCUUCUAUGGCAACUGGGCUGAAGUACUACAAGGAGCGAGGUUUCCAAAGCGUGCUCAACUGUGAGGCACCAUUGAGUUCACAGUAAGACUUAACGGCCUGUUUGAUUCUCUAAAUCGCCGGCACCCAGCAGAAGGAGUAAAAGAUGGUGGCAGAUAUAUUAUUAUUCUGCAGGAAGGCUUCAAGUGGCUGAAUGAAUGUGAGCAAGAGCUCGUAGACGGCUUGUCACUGGCAUGUGUGGGAAAGGGAAGACCAGCGAAAUGCAGUAACGCAAAAGUGACGCGCAGUUAAGUGUGGUAAGAACGAGAUGUGCAGCAAAAAGUAAAUGAAAAGUCAGUAUCUCCAUCUCGAUUCAGUGCAAAUUGUGGCACAGUCAAAGUAUGAGGGCGGCCAUUGCAUCAGUGGCAGAAACGAAGACCAGAAUAAUUUGUUAUUGGCGUGUUAAUACCGUUGAGGUAAAUCAUUCGCAGCGUAGCGAAGACAAGGUUGAUAUUGCGCUUGAUGCUGCAAUGUGGUGGACUGAGUAGCAUAUCACCCCAUCAUUGAGUCACAGUUAUUCUACUGCACGCGCUCGGAAAAGACAGUUAUCGCACUUUUUAAUUAGAGUAAAUUAAUGCAAGGACACUGUAAACACAUAUCGUAAAACAUGCGCGCGCUCGAGCACGCGAACGGGUGAAAGUAAAAAAAAAAAAAAAUCGGAAAUGGUUUGGCUGCGCCAACGAGCGUAGUACUCCGUGAGAGCAUAUUCGAGAGUCGCGUUAGGCAAUGCUAGGCCUUUGCUUUGCGUAGAUUAUGCACUUUCACUGCCCCCUACUACAGUGGCACAAUCCGCCGGGGAGGUUUAUAGAUCGCUGAAAGUCCUGGCUAAGCUCUGGCUAAGUGGGGCGCAGUGGCUAAGUGAUGCACCACUGCCCUGGCAGGUGGCUGUUUCCAAAACAGCCACCCGUGGGUCUUGUGAGACCCAGGUUUCUCUCCCCGAACAACCUCUCGGGAGCUGAAGUUAUUCUCGCACGCGUGCAUGCAUCCUUGCAAGGAUGUAGGUGCGGUGGUAGGCUAGUAGUGUUUUCACACUAAAACAACGGAACGAGCGGACAAAUAAAGAGCGAGUAAAUGACUGAGUGCAUUAACGGUAUUAAUCGACGGAAGCAUAAUCUUCAAGAUCUGCAUCUGUUUAUAUCUGUUCUCCAGAAGGUGCCACCUAUUGGCCGCGAGAUCGAAGGGAGUCGCCGCCUGGCGGCCACUGGCUGAACCACACAUAGUGUGGAUGGCUUCCUGUGUCGUCUGCUAGCCACUACGUGUUUACUUGUGCACGUACGUCGUGCACAUCCGCUAAGGACUGUUUGUUCUAUGGUGUUAGCACAGUCCUAAAUGCUGGACAAAAGGGGGCCGCCUGUCCAUUGCAGCACACAUGGAAGUCUGCCUACUGAAACUGCAAAUGCUGUGCAGAGAGAGGCCACAGGGCAUUUCAGUUGCAGUGUGAAUGUUGCAGUUGAGACAUCGAGAAUUGUAGAUGGAAACAUGUGCAAGUCAACCCAGACGCUGCCUGUUGCUAAGAAGGUGCACAGGGGGACAGAAACCACAAAUAUGGAUGUUCAGGACAGUGGCCCUUGUGCACAAGACAUUUCAGCACCAGAUGUGUGUGCGCUGCCACCGACUCUCAACACGGGUAGGAAUCAUGAACUGAACCCGCUGCGUAACAGUCGAGCAGACGGGGUCAUACAACAUGCUCAGCGCAGUGUGCAUGUAACUAUAGUAUCUGUAAAGGCUGCCCAGACAGAGGCCACAUUGCUGUCCAAGAGCAGCGUGGAUGCUGCUUUCGGAACAUCGGGAAUUGAUUGCAAAGACGUGUCCAAGCCUACCCAGGCAUCGCAUGCUACAGAAAAGGUGCACGUGUGGACAGGAACCACAGAUCUUCGAAAUUUCCAGGACAACAACUCUGGUGCACGAGCCUCUCCAGAAAAAAAGCGCAAGAAAAUGGAUGUGUUGACAUUUUACAGAGCGACGCGUGUAAAGAAGCAUGCCAAAAGAAGAAAGAUACUCGACGAUAAAAGUGCCGAGGCAAUGCUGCUGAAAAUUGGCAACGGUGACAUUUCUGACGUGGACUUUUCAGAUGACGACUUUGACGACUCCGACGUUGAGGAAGUUGACAAGAACAUCAGCAGUGCCACAAUGGCAGAAACUGUGGUACGCCCUGCAAUUUCGAAUACUACAGAUGAUGCGAGCACACCGUCCACUAAGCUUUCGGUGAAAUGGGUCGACGGACAAUUGUCUCCCAGUGACACAGCUUGCAGCUACCAACCGCAGAUCGGCUCACCACCACGAGAGCCGCUGGUGUAUUUUAGCCAGUAUUUUUCUGUCGAGAUUUUUGAGAAUCUAGCAACGUUCACCAACCUGUAUGCACUUCAGGGAAACGGUGAGUUAGUGACAACCAAAGAGGAACUCCAGGUGUUCUUUGGAAUCCUGAUGCUUAUGGGCAUCCUAAAGUUCCCCCGAGUCCGCAUGUACUGGCAGACUUCAACCAGAAUACCGGCCAUUGCAGACGCCAUGACUGCCAAGCGAUUUUUCAAGAUUAGGUUAGCACUUCACAUCACCGACUCCAAUGCUCCGCAAGACAGCAGCAGCACGGAUAAAUUCUGGAAAGUCCGCCCCAUGCUUGAAGCAGUACGGCAGCGCUGCUUACAACUCGAGCCGCUUGAGCACAGCAGCAUAGAUGAGCAGCACGUUGCCGUCACCGGCCAUGUGUCGAGAAAACGGUCGGCUAAAGGCAAGCCGCAUCCCAGAGGAUUUAAAAUGUUUGUUCGCUGUAGUGCAGAUGGCCUUGCACAUGACCUUGAGCUCUACCAAGGCAAGUGCGCUGGUGCGAGUGCGCAGCGCACCGACUUCGGGCACGAAGGCUCCGUCGUGAUGAGACUUGUCGAAAGCAUGCCGAAAGGGAUGAACAUGAAGUGCUUCAUGGGCAGUUACUUUACGUCGGUGGACUUGCUUCUUGAACUUAAAAAAAUCGGCAUACUCGCCACUGGUGCUAUUAGGCCUGACCGUUUGCCCGGGUGCAUGCUCAAGACUGAAAGAGAAAUGAAAAAAAAGGGCAGAGGAAGCAUCGUCGCCAAGGUCUCCGAAGCCGGAGACAUCACUGCCGUCCGCUGGCUCGACAACAGCGUUUCCAAUGUGGUGUCCACCCACGUAGGAGUUGGGAACACGCGAAAGGUGAAGCGACGGAGAGAAGCGACCAAAUCGCAUGUCCAGAUAGAUUGUCCCGAAGUAAUUGUACAGUACAACGCUUACAUGGUCGGGGUGGACAAACUCGACUUCCUGAUGUCCCUGUAUCCACUACAUACCAGGAUGAGGAAAUGGCCAGUGCGAGUAAUGUUGCAUUUGGUGUCGCUUGCACUGUGCAACAGCUGGAUUGAAUACCUACGAGACUGCAAUAAAGCGGAGCUACCUCGGAAAAGCGUAAUGGACUUGUUGGCUUUCCAGUCUGACAUAGCGCACAGCCUCAUCAUAUGCAACAAGUCGUCACCAGAGAAGUGUGGAAUAUUGCCUGCUCUAAGGAAACCACUGCCAUCGAAGAGCAUACGGUACGACGGCUUUCAUCACUGGCCCGAACAUGUGGCAACUCCGUGUGCUCAGCGCUGCAGGAGAGAAGGGUGCAAGUCUAAAUGUAGAAUUCGGUGCAGAAAGUGCGGAGUUUUUCUUUGCUUGUCGUUGCAGAAUGACUGUUUCUUUCUUUUUCACAACAGGUGAGGUGGUGUUCUGUUGUAUGCAGGCAAGAGCUGUGGGACGCAUUUUCACCUCGUCGGAAAAGCAGUUUCAUUGUGAAAAGCCAAAGCAUAAACGUUUUGCCCGCCCAUCUAUAUAUAUGAAUUACAGAGGUGCAAUGUACAUAUUUUUAGAUGCCUCUAAAUUUUUUUUUGCAAAAGAAAAUGAAAUUUGUG